AUGGCGUCUCGGUCCCGGAUUACACGCGCCUUGACCAGAGCGGAGAAGGCCGGCAUAUCGGCGACCCUGUCACGGCCGGGCCCUACGAUCUUCUCUGUUGCUGCCGCCCGCACCAUCACCACCACGGCUGCAAGGCAAUUCAGGCCCUCUGUUACAAGGCACGGAAAAUACACUACCGACUCGUAUCCAGAAAUCAAGAGAGACUCGAGGUUCUCAGAGCUCACUCCAGACCAUGUCGCUUACUUCAAAGAGCUGUUGGGUGGUGAAGCCGCCGUCAUUGACGCCGUCACCAAUGAGGCAGCGGCCGAGGACUUGGAAUCCUUCAACUUGGAUUGGAUGCGCAAAUAUCGAGGGCACUGCAGACUGGUUCUGAAGCCCGGAUCGACCGAGGAGGUCAGCAAGGUCCUCAAGUACUGCAACGACAACCUGCUGGCCGUCGUCCCCCAAGGUGGCAAUACCGGUUUGGUUGGAGGAUCUGUCCCCGUAUUUGAUGAGAUUGUCAUCAACAUGAGCCGGAUGAACAAGGUACGCUCAUUUGACGAUGUCAGCGGAGUUCUCACAGCCGAUGCCGGCGCCGUCCUCGAGGUCGUCGACAACUACCUGGCAGAGAAGGGCUACAUCUUCCCUCUUGACCUGGCCGCCAAGGGAUCUUGCCACAUUGGAGGCAACGUUGCCACGAAUGCUGGAGGUCUGCGGCUCCUUCGCUACGGAAGCUUGCAUGGGAGCGUGCUUGGUGUUGAGGCCGUGCUACCCGACGGCACUAUCGUCGAUGACCUUUUCAAGCUCAGGAAGAACAACACCGGAUACGACAUCAAGCAGCUAUUCAUAGGUGCCGAGGGCACCAUUGGUAUUAUCACUGGAAUCUCAAUUCACUGCCCCCAAAGGUCAAAGGCAGUCAAUGUUGCCUUCUUUGGUCUGGAGUCUUACGAGAAGGUCCAGCAAGCCUUCCGCGAAGCGAAGGGGCAGCUUUCUGAGAUCCUUUCGGCAUUUGAGCUCAUGGACUCUCAGAGCCAGCAGCUUGUCAAGAAAGUCACCAAGAACAACUUUCCCUUGGAGAGUGAUUACCCGUUCUAUUGCCUAAUCGAGACCAGCGGCUCGAACGCGGAGCACGACACUGAGAAACUAGAGGCUUUCCUCGAGGACGUCAUGGGCAAAGAAAUCGUAUCGGAUGGCGUGGUGGCGCAGGACGAGACGCAGCUAAAGUCACUCUGGGGCUGGCGAGAGGGAAUUUCUGAGAGCUCAGGCGCAUUCGGUGGCGUCUACAAGUAUGACGUCUCGAUACCCCUGAAGUCGCUGUAUCAGUUGGUAGAGGAUACCAAAGAGAAAAUCCAAGCCGCUGGUCUGAUCGGUGAUACCGACGAGUAUCCUGUUGUCGACGUUGUCGGUUACGGGCACAUGGGUGACUCGAACCUACACCUCAACGUUUGUGUUCGGCGAUACGACAAGGAAGUCGAGAAGAUCCUGGAACCUUACGUUUUCGAAUGGAUCAAGAAGCACGAGGGCAGCAUCAGUGCUGAGCAUGGUCUCGGUCUGGCGAAGAAGAAGUUUAUCGGCUACAGCCGCAGCGACAACAUGAUAGGUUUGAUGAAACAAAUCAAGAACCUUUACGACCCGGUAGGCCUUGAUGACCCCCGUAUUUCUGGCUGA